CUCUUCUGACUGAAAGUUAGCUUUACUCUAGCAAGAUGGUGGCGAUCGUAUUCGCUGUGGCUGCAUGGCAGGCGGUUUUAUUGUGUUUGUUUUUUUCGGUGCUUUAUGUCGGCGGCCUCUAUGUCUGGAGUGGUUCUAAUGAUAAAGACAGAGAUCAUCCCGAUGUCAUAAAACGGCGUUUUAUGAGCGUAGGAGCUACAGCCGUCAUUGUUCUGCCGAUUCUUUGGAUGAUCAGCGAGAAAAGCGAAAAUACAGAGGCUUAUUCAAUUUUGGAAUGGUUGGGAAUUCGUUUCUUUGGACUCAUACCUGCUGUGGUCCUUCCACUUAUCCUGACAAUGAUUUUGUUCCUGGGUCCACUUUAUCUUCAUUACAUGGAUGGAGUCUUCAGACUGUAUCUUGAGCCAAGGUACUGGACCACCUCAUUGCAGAACUUUAUCUGGCUGCGCAAUCAUAUUGUUGCUCCAUUGUCUGAAGAAUUCAUCUUCCGUGCAUGCAUGCUACCUCUCCUUGUGCCAGCUUUUGGUAUUGGCUGGUCUGUUUUCUUGUGUCCUCUUUUCUUUGGAGUAGCUCAUUUUCAUCACAUGAUCGAGAAAGUUAUACACAAGCAGGCAGAAGUAAUUGAUGCAUUCAGACAGUCAAUGUUUCAAUUAUUUUACACAACAGUGUUUGGAGCCUAUUCAGCGUUCCUUUUCCUUCGAACAGGUCACCUGAUCGCACCAGUGAUGGCACAUGCAUUCUGUAACCACAUGGGAUUUCCAGCUUUCAAUGAGGUGCUGGGGUACCCGCAGCCUACUCGCUCAAAACUUAUUGCCAUUUUCACAUUAGGACUUAUCCUUUGGAGCAUCCUACUAUUUCCUAUGACAUCUUCCUGGUUGUAUUCAAAUUAUGUCUACCAGGCUUAAUGUUUGAUGAAGUGUGUUACAGGUGACAGUACUUCAAAGUGAGAAAGUAUUUCCUAUGUAAACAUGAAAAUUUGUUUCUUUUCAUGCUCAAAGCGCCUAACUGCCAGAGUCCUGUCAUGGAUAUUUAUUUUCUUAAAGGAUUUGUGUGAUUGUAUGUGUGUGUGUGUGAUUGUAUGUGUUUGGGUGUGUUUGAGUUUGUGUAUUCACAUUCUUGAUUUAGAUGGUUGUUUGCGAGGAAUGAUGGAAUUGGGAAAAAGAAACUUUUCCGUCAAUGUGGAAGCUAUUUUUUUUUUUAAUAGUUAUUAAAACUGUAUAUAACUGUUGUAAAUUGACUUGCUGAAUGUGGAAAAGAACAAGUCCUUGCAAAGUUGUUGCAGUUUGUCUUUUAAUGUUUUUCUGGUACAUACCAGACUGCAUGUUUAGCAACUGUGUAGUGUAUUCAGUAUUGCACAAUCUGUCCAGAUAAAAUAUAAUUGCUGAACUAAUUUUUAAGAUUUUGAAUGAUAGAAACAAAUGAGAUUUAGUUAUCAAAUUUUAGUGUAAUAGCAAUUUAAACAAUAUGUAAUGUACUCACCAUCAAGUCACAAGGAGUUUAGCAUUUACCAUGAUAGUCACAGGUCAUAUACCAGGCUGCAUAGAGUUUUAAAUGUCCGAAAGAGUCAAGGAAAAAUUAUCCAAGAGAAGUCAAGUUUUUAUAUAAGGUGUGGAGAAAGUUCUGGUAUUGGAGAAGGCUGGCAUAACUACAUACUAAUAUGAAUACUUUUCUGACCUAAAAGUGAAAAUAGAAGAUCCAACAUCUAGACAAAAUUUUUGUUGAGGCUAGAAGCUCAUGAAGACAACUGCGUUAUAUUCUCCAUUACAAUCUAGUACAUAUGCAACAUAUCCACCACAUCUGACCUGUGCACCAUUUUGUUUUGAAGCUAUUGAUUUUGACUGAAUCAUGCAUCAAAAAUGUGUUAAUUCUGUGUUGCCUGUAGAUGUCUGUUAGUCUAGGAAACAUAAAAGGGAGUUUGAUAAAAGUCUGCACUUUUGUUCUGUUUGGUCCAAGGCUAGACAGUGUAAGCAUUUGUGUUUUGUUUACCCUUCCUAAAAUGUCCCUGAAAUUCCUGUAUUGGAGAUUUAUGAGUACUUUCAUCAAUAGUUUAUGCUUUGCUUUGUUUUGAGGUUAUUUUCAGGCAUUGUACUUGGGAUUGUGUUAUAAUAUAGUUUGUCCAAUAUCUGAUUAUUCUUUUUCAUCUCUUUUGCUUUCUUGAAUUCCAUUGGUCUGCAGCUGUUUUGAGUAUUAUCCAAGAUUAUAAACCUCCCAUGUUUCCCACCACAAUUUUUACUUUAUUUGGUAGGCCUGAAACUCAGGUUUGUCCUUGCUAAUAAAUGCUUUCUUAUGCCACCUGUGUAAAAUUAAUGAACUUGAAUGAAAAAAAACUUCUUUAAAAGUUUUCCCUUCGUAUAAUUGCAUGCGAGAUAAAGCCUAUGGAGGAGGUUGCAUUGCCCUGAUAUAGAGUGGUUAUAUUGUGUAGUCUUUUCUUGUCGAGCAAAUAUUACAGGAAUUUACAGAACUGUAUUGUUUCCUGCUGAAACCAAGUCAAGGGGUGCAAUGGCAUAAGAAUUUUUUUCCUUUCAUUGUUGGUGCUUUCAAAUGCUCAGUAUUGCAAAUUGUUUGAAAUUCUAGUUUAUUCUUUUUUGUACAUGAGUACUGUACGACUAUAUUCCAUAUACCAAAUUAUUUUGGUCUGUUAAAAAUAUUCCCUUUAUUGCCUAUUUUAAGGUUGAUGCUUUAAGGCAUGAUUGUUGCAGAUGAAGUAUUGGGACCAUCAUAUUUUCACUAUUUUAGAAAAAUUUGGUUUAGUAAACCUACGAUAUAACUUUAGUAAAAUGCUUGGGUUAAAAAACAAAACAUUUCACCCCAAAACAUAACUUCCAUUGUUUUGAAUAGAAACUGAUUUAGAAAUGAGUAAUUUAGAAAAUCUGGAUACAAGCCUUUUUAAUGUUUAAUCUUGGAUUGUUUAUGUUGUACAAAGCUUGUUUUGGAGCAUGAAAAAAUGUAUUUCAUUAUUUUAUAGUUAUCAGUGACUGUGUUCUGUGCGGAAACUUAUUGGGUGCCAAUUAUAUUUAUUGAUGUGAUAAGAACAUUUUAGUCUUCUUGAUGAAAAAGUUUUGUGGACAUUGCUGAUCGCUUUACUGAUCAGUAAGCCUUUGAACUUAAGAACGCAGCGGAAAAAAAAUUUUUGUUUUUGGCAUUCAGGUGUGCUUCACAGUAUUCUUCAUAUGCAUUACAUACCAAUUGAAUUCUGUUUGAUAAUUUGAAUUUGUGCAACCCUUUAACAAAAUUAUAAAUAUCAAAUUUUCUCCAAGGAUAGAGAACUUAAAAGUUUUUACAUUAUUUUUAUCUGAAUGAUAAAUAAAAUUCUUCAUACACUCUUGGCACAGAUAUUUGGAAGUGGAGAAAAAAGUUACUUCACAGAGGAGCCUUAAUUACUCAGUUUAACAAUUACUUCUUCAUGCAGUAAAUUUUAACAAGCUGUAAUUUGUGAACUGAUCAUUCACAAACAUUUGACCUUGCUAAUUUGAAUGUUGUCUUAUGCGGUUGAAUGUUAAAUGUGGAGCAUUUUCAUUACCCUAGAAAUUAGGAAAACCUUUGGUCAGUAUAGCUGCCUUAUGUUUUAGCUGUGAAACAUGUUGCAUGCCUCACACUUCCAGAGGCUGAUUUAUGACAAGACUGUGUGUCAUGUUUUCUGUAAGACAACUAUUCCUGAGAAUCGCAUAAUAUUAGGUUGUCUUUUUUUUAAUAAAAAGUUAGCUAUCUGGCAGUCAAAAUAUUAUUCUUAUAAAUCAUUUAGGAAAAUUCUUAUUGGCAGCCAAUUUUCGUUUGUACAGUAUUAGGCAGAAGUCAUGCUUGGCAAAGUCUGUUCAUGUCCAGAUUUCCAAAAUGCCAAAAAUACAAAACAAAAACAAAUUUAAGGCAGAAGCUGUGUCCUGAGCUGAAAAAUUUCAAUAUUGUCAUUUCUGAUAUGAAUAGAAAGAAUGACAAAUUUCUAAAGCAUUAUCUUGUACACUUGAACUUGUUUCCUGCCUAUGUUCAGCAUUACUACUGUACCCAAUGUGCUGAAAGUGUAAGUAGUAAUAUUUGUAUUUACACAAAGUUCUUUUUCUCUGCAUGUUUUAAUUUAGCUGUUUGUGUAUUUUAAAUCAGUGUGGACUUCAAACAUGGUAUCAUUUUUUUUUUUUUUUUUUUGGAUACACUGUAGACAUACUUGUAGUCUGCUCUGAAAUUGUAACGCUCUUGCAUUACUUAAUGAAUAACUUCUAAGUAUUUAAUAUUUUAAAAAAGGUGGUGAUACAGUAUUGUUUCUGUUAGAGAAUGAGACCAGUUUGCACUUUAAAAUUUUAUGCAUUGACAUAUCUGGGAAACCAAGGGAUCUGGUUCUUCUUGUAAUCUUCUAUAUUUUAAAUAAUAGGGUAAAAUAAACUACUAGGUUUACUGUAUUCACCAAUGUCUCACCAUUUUAAAGCCAAGUUUCUUUUUUCAAGAUUGGAAAACUGUUCAGUCUUAGAAUCACUCUUUUCACCUUUAUACAUAUUCUAUCAAGUUAACUGACACUUGAUACCAAAAUAAAAAUUUGCAUUAUGAGA